GCGGGACCUUCCGUGAGCGGUUUCGGGUUCGAGCGCCUGGCUUCCUCUGGCACGCACCCGGCGAAGCCCUCUUGCUUGUGGGGCACCCGCUGGGCUGUCAGUCAUCCUUGUGUUUUUGUGCGUGUGUGAGAUGAGCAGAAAAGCAAGACAGCAUCAGCAAGGGAUGGAGAGGCUGCCUGCUGUACGUAGUUGUCUCGCUUCAUUCGGGUGUUGACGGAUGUCGUCAUCAAUGUGACAGCUGACGCGAUGACUGUGUGUGCGUGCGUGUGCGUGUGCGUGUCAGCCCAAAUCCGACAGCAGCGCGAGCGACUCGUCCAUUUCAAUCAACAUGCUGAGCGUCACUUUGGACACGGACAAGUGUGGUUUUCUGGGCAUCGGCGUGGUCGCUGAAAGCCGGGACAAAGGUGCCGGCGUGUACAUCGGAUCCGUCGUGGAGAACGGCGCUGUGGCGGCCGACGGACGCGUGCGCGCCGGAGACGUCUUGAUACGGGUGAACGAGGUGAACGUAGAGAAGGCAACCAGCUCGCAGGCCGUCCAAGUUCUCAGAGACGCCUUCCAGAAGCCGGGUCCGCUCUCACUGACGUUGUUGCGGUUUUGGGAGCCACCGCCCGACGGCCUUUUCACCUUGCCAAGAGGUGAGCCGGUGCGUCCAAUCGAUCCCGCCUCCUGGGUGUCCCACACGGCCGCCGUGACGGGGAAACUCCUCCCACCUUACGGUGAAGACGAGCAUCUGAGCGUGGACGGCGACAUGGCGGCGGUCGUCACGGCGAUGAUAAGGACCGAUUCGGGCGUGGUGGUUCGCGACCGGACGUGGCUCAAGGUGGUCAUCCCCGACGCCUUCACAGGCGGUGACGCGCUCGGAUGGCUGCGCCGGAACGUGGCGGGCGCCGCCAAUCGCGCCGACGCUCGCCGAUACGCCGCCGAGCUCCUGGAGCGCGGCUUCAUCCGACACGCCAUCAACGCCCGCGCGCAGAAGCGAUUCUCCCCGAAGCGAUACUACGUCGUCGGAGACCUCCACGAGAUGGCGCUGAUGAACCGACGCUAAGGGAGCGAAGCGCCCCGCCUCUGGGCGACGGCUUCAGACGCCUCCGGUCAAACUGCGGGGACUCAUCUGAUCCGCGGGACCGGUCUGACCACUUGGAACCGUCUUGACCACAAGAACAGCUUUGAGCACACGGACUUUUCGGAGCGGUCUGACCUCAAGGUGCAACGUUACCUACCGAAACGUAUUUCUGGCUGCAGUUGCAAAGUGUCCGAAUUUGGUUUGCAGCGAGUCACACUGACUCGGGCGGGCGGCUGUGCAUACAGCCAAACAGCACCAGACACCCCAGAUAACACAAAUAGUAGGAGCAGCAAAGAGCAGCAAAUGCAACAAGUGCACAGACAUAAUAAAC